UAGAUUCAUCUUUGGAGACUCACAAAGUGGUUGAGCGACAUAAGCAUUUAAAUUUGAGGAAGAUUGCAUCCUUCUCAGACAGCAUGAAUCAUGUUAAAGCAACUAAGACACCUGAGGAGAGAAGGAAGGAAAUUGAAGUACGUGUAGCUGCUGCUAGGCUGUUGCAACAGAAACCUGUUUUGCUUCCUGCGGAGAAUGCUGAAGGUAGAGUUGUAGAUUCAUCUUUGGGGACUCACAAAGUGGUUGAGCGACGUAAGCAUUUAAAUUUGCGGAAGAUUGCAUCCUUCUCAGACAGGAUGAAUCAUGUUAGAUCUUUUUGGGAUUCAAUGGCCCUUGAGAAGAAGCAAAGUUUGAUCCAUGUGAAUAUUGAGGAUCUCAAGUCUCAUUUCAGUUCAUCAAAGGAUAGUUUGAUGCUACAGACUCUGUUAGAAGCCCUGUUAUUUGCGCAGGAUAAGAAGACGUGGAAGUUCUGGGUGUGCUGCUGCUGCAGUGAGAAGUUUACUGAUGGUGAUUCACAUUUGCAACAUGUGGUGAGGGAGCAUAUGGGUAGCCUCUCCCCAAAUUUGCAGUCGGUAUUGCCUCAAGAAGUUGACACUGAUUGGACUAGGAUGCUUCAAUAUGGCUCAUGGAAACCCGUUGAUUCUUCUGUUGCUUUCAAAAUGGCUGAAGAUCGAUCAAAUCUCCGAUCUUCUAAACUCUUGAGUGGUUACUAUAGCAGGAAUGAUGAUGAUGACGACACGAGGAAUGUCAGUACAACUGACAAUUGGUACUCAAGAGACACAUGGGAUUCCGAUAAGGAGAAGGAGUUGACAAUGGAUGGUGAUCAGACGGCAAUAUGUGGUAAUGGAAGCUCGUGGCCAACAUGUGAGGAUACUGAACGCGCAAAACUCCUUGAGGAUAUCCAGGUUAUGUUCCAGUCUCUUAUUAGACAUAAAUGUCUCGCAGUAAGCCAUCUUAAUAAAGUCAUUCAGUACACAAUGGACGAGCUUCAAAGACUUGUUCCUGGUUCACAGCUUUCAAACCUUGGUUUGGACCAAACACCCCGCUGUAUUUGUUUCUUGGGAGCUUCCCAACUUAGCAAGGUCCUCAAAUUUUUACAGGAGCUUUAUCAUUCUUGCGGAUUAAGUAGAUAUCCUGAUAAGGCCAGCUUAACAAAUGAGAAACCAAGUGAUGCUAAAGAACCUGAAGUCAAAGAAAUAGUUGUUCUGAGCAGGGAUUCAUCAUUUCUUUUUCUAGGGGAGCGUUUAUUUAGAGGCGAAAUUACUAGCAGUGGUGAUGAGAAAGGUUGCUCUGUGAGUUAUGGUGAUGCAGCAGCCACUUCUUUUCCCUUCAGUGAUAAUGACGAUUGUCUUCCACUCGAUAGCAGUGCUCUGCUAUCCUGGAUUUUCUCUGGUCCUUCGAGUGGGGAAAAGCUUACAUCAUGGAUCCGUCUGAAGAAAGAAAACUCCCAUCGUGGAUUAGAAUUUCUUCAGAUGCUUGAGAAGGAACAUUACCUCUUACAAGGCUUGUGCGAGAGGAAAUGUGAGCAUUUGAGCCAUAAUGAAGCUUUACAAGCAGUUGAGAGUCUCAUCUUCGAAGAGCUUAAGAAAAGGGAGCAUGUUACUAGAUUUGCCUCCCGUAGUUUGGAGGCUGUCGUUCGCAAGCGUCAAGAAGAACUUACUGAAACAGAAAGUGAUGUUAUGUCCAUCAGUAGUAGGUUUGAGUUGGAGGCCUAUCAAGUGUUCUCAAAGAAGCACAGUCUUUGAGCAUUGCACCAUUUGGAUACGAAGAAACUCUGUCUGGUGUCACUACUCAUUUAUGUGAUACAGAUUAUGGAGAAGAUGAUGACGGGAGAAUGUACGAUGUUCUUCAUCGAGCAGAUAAUUGCAUUCAAGUAGCACUCCCUAGACAGAAGGAACAGUUAUCUGUAGAGCUCAGCAAAAUUGAUGCCAGGAUCAUGCGAAAUGUCACAGGCAUGCAACAGUUAGGGCUUAAACUUGGACCCUUGUCUUCCUACGUUUCGGGCGAUUAUUCUGCCUCUUGUUAAGUCAUUCAUGCGGGCACAUUUGGAAGAACUAGCCGACAAAGAUGCUACAGAGAGAUCUGAAGUUGCAAGAGAAGCAUUUUUAGCUGAACUUGCACUUGAUUCUAAAAAGGGUAAUCACAAAGGCGGUGUUUCUAAACAUAAUCAAGAGCAGAUGAAGCAUAAGAAAAAGAACAAGGAUCACAUCCGUAGAUAGUCAGUCUUUUGCACAUGGAUCCUUUAAAUCUUGAACACGAUCAUGCAUGUCCGUGAGUAAAUGCAUGUGCUAGUUGUCGAUGAAAUGACAGAUACAUUUGUAGAAAAGCGUGUA